AUGAUAUUUGAGGAGGCCAUUCCGGCGCAGUUGAACAUUGGUGGAGAUGGUAUUAUGGAAACCUUUGAAGGAAGAGCAGUGGAAACGAUGAGCGAGGAAAAGAUAGAUUUCAUUGAUGAACGCCGGGAUUAA